CAUAGAAGGAAACACAUGCAGUGUUCAGGAAAGACACUUAAAGUCAGCAAGAGUGUGUGUCAGGUCUUAAAGGACAGAGCUCCUGUAGCUGCAGCUGACAGGUUUGUGCAAUCCAACAUCUUCACCAUCCUCUGAAGCGCUUCAUCCAAACCAUGCUGAGAUGUCACCUCAUGCACACUGCUGAGCUUGUGUGUAUAUUUGUUUUGGCUGUUGCAGGCCGAACAUCAGCAGGAAGGGCGUGUGUGUGUCGAGUGGUUUCCUCUCGAGUAGCUUGGCUGAUCACAACGAGCAGAGGGUGUCAAGGGUGUGUUCUCGUUGGGUUUUUGUGGUAGCAGUUGCGCUACCAGCAUUAGCUGCCUAUACAUCAGCGCCACUUCUGAAGAAAGAAAAAAAAAAAAAAAAAAGCAGCACUUGUGCAGCUUUUGGCGAGGAGCUGUUGAGCCUGCACUCGCCUUCCUGUGGCCCCGGGCUUGAGAACCUCUGAGUGAUCGAGGCAGCUUGUCCAUGUGACUCGGUUUCCGUUGCCUGCCUGCUUCCGUGAAUAGUAAAAAAGAAGUUUGGUGCUUCAGUCAGCUCAGAGGUAAGCGGCUGAACUUCACACGCUCUGAACGCGCUCUGCAGCAGCGAGGCAACCAGCGAUAUGGUCAGGGGAUCAACCGUCAGUGGCUUGGGAAAUCCACACCUAACCACCAGUCAGUGAGGAUGAGAAGAUGCCAGUCCACGGCCUCACUCCCAUCCUGCUUGUCUUGGUACCCAUGUGGACGAUCGUGACGCCGGUCGCGAGUCAUCCACAGCACAGCCGAUGUCAGCUGAUACAACGAACGGCUCUCUGCAACGACGGCAGGCUCUCCUCGGUGCCCGUGGGACUGCCGGACAACAUAGAGGAGCUCCAGCUUAACUACAAUCAAAUUGAAACACUACAGGACUCCGCUCUGCUCCAUUACCCCUCACUAAACGCCCUGAGCUUAGCUUGCAAUCGUUUGGUGAAAUUAGAGCGAAACACUUUUCAAGACUCAAAGUUGUUAAAAAGCCUCAACCUGGCGAACAACGACCUUCGGAUCGGCUACCAGGAGAGCAGCCUGGCAUUAAAGAAGCUCCACGGUCUCACAGCUCUGGAUCUCUCUGAAAAUAAGCUCGAAGAUGAGAUGGCUGCCACUCUCCUCGAGAAUCUAACAUCUCUAGAGUACCUCAAUCUCUCCGGAAACCUCUUGCAGAGAGUGGACGAGGCCUCGUUCAAGGACCUCCACCAACUCAAAGAACUGGACUUGCAAAGGAACAUUAUGUUCGAGAUCGACGGCGCCUUCGACGGCAACUCCAAACUCCAGCGGCUCAACUUGGCCUUCAACUAUCUGCCCUGUCUGACAGACUUCCACAUGACUCAGCUGGUGGUCCUCAACGCCAGCCACAACAUCAUCGAGUGGUUCAUCUCCAGGCAGGACCUGAACGACACCUUCCAGCUGGAGACGCUCGACCUAUCCAACAACAAGCUGCUCUUCUUUCCCUUCCUGCCCAGCCACAGCCGUCUACGGAACCUCUACCUGUCCCACAACGUCAUCAGUUUCUACGAACAGAUGGCGCGCAACGUCACGUCCCCGAACUCCUCCACCACCGUCGAGUUCUACAAUCUGAAGAACUACAUGGAGAACGUGACCGCCCAGUUGUGGGACGACGACCUUCACGGCGACACCUCCUCUCUAGAGAUUUUAGACCUGAGAGGAAACCAGGUGGAUUACUUCCCUCAGGGAUUCAUCCAGAAGAUGCCGGCGCUGUCCAGACUUCAGAUGUGCACCAACUGCCUGGAGACCUUAAACCUGACGUCGGAGCAGUUCACCGGCAGCUUGUACGAGCUGGACCUUAGCAACAACAGGCUGAAGCAGGUUUUGGCGGACGAGGCGGCGCUGACCGCUCUUAGCAACUUGACAUACUUUAACCUGAGCCUGAACGGUCUGGAGAGGCUACCGGCGGGACUGUUCUCCUCGCUGCCAAGCAUCCGGUCGGUGGAUCUCAGCUACAACAACAUUGACGUUUGCCUUUCGGAGGAAGCUGAGCUCACUACACACACUGUUUCAUCCUGCGCAGAUUGGAAGAACAUCGCAUCCUUAAGGCAGCUUUACCUUAAGGGAUGCAACCUGAAAAGAAUUCCAGACUCUGCGUUCACGGGUUUGUUGUUGACGCACUUGGAACUGUCCGACAACCCCGGACUCAACGCCCAAGAAUCAAUACAGAGCCUGAGCAGAACGUUGCAGCAUCUCGGCGUGGGGAACACUCACAUGCACGGCUUCGACUUCUCCCACCUCCAAAGUCUGAAGUCUUUGAACAUUUCAAAGAACUCCCUCGCCCACCUUCCACCUUCGCUUCUCAGCCUCGACCUGAAAGUGCUCGACUUGAGGGACAACAGGCUGCCCACUAUCCACUCGGCUCACGCUGCCGCGCUAGCCCCCAAACUUCACACCGUUUUCCUCACAGGAAACCCGUUCAACUGCUGCCAGACGGAGUGGUUCAGGAUAUUCGAGACAACAAAGACGAUCAACAUGUUCGGACAAUCGGAGAUCGAAUGCGAGGAUCUCUUCAGGACGACGCACAGCGUGGCGCGCUCCGAGUUCUUCUCCUGCGACGAGGAAGGCGGAGAAUCUGUGUUCUGGUACAUUUUGCUCCUUGUGCCGAUGUGCGUUUCGUUCCUGGGGGUUUCUCUGAUCGUCUCCCUCACCUUCAAGCCCACAAUGCUACAGAAAUCAAUCAAGAAGAAAUGCUUGAGGCCCACGUCUUACUGAUACUUUAUAAACCCUACAUGUAGCUACGACUUUGUACAGUAUGUUAUUGAGAAAUGUAACUGAAUGUAUGUUGGAAAUAAACUCACCUGACUGUAAAACCGUC